GGAAGAACGGACGCAAACAUCUCGAGUGAAUUCCAUUGUUUGACUCGAUAUUUCCAGAACUGCUUAUGGAGGGGUAUAAAAACUAUGCAGAUGUUGGUGUGUAUCAGUUGUACGAGCAAAACGAAGACUUUCUACAUAAAAGGAACGCCACACAUUGUAAAGAAUGUUUGCCAUUACACCCCGCUUUGACGACCUCGGUCUGUUUCGCCUUGCUGAUGAACUCAAUAACUGCUGGGAUUUGGAUCGCACUCCCCUGAUUCAAGCUAUGGGAGCAAACAGGGAAUCAGAGGUAAUUAUAUGUCUAACUUUAAUUUGCUAUUGCUGAUUGAUAAUCUUGAUUUUCAACAUUAUAGGCCCUGUUAUUCAGAAGGUACAAGGUGGCCUUUUUUAUUUCAGGCUGAAGCUUGGCUUAGGCUUAAGGAGGUGACAGGUUUUUAACUUUAGUUGUGGUCUUUACUAUCACUAAGACUAAGAAGAAGUAAGAAGUAAUAAAGUGUCCUUUCCGCUUUACUUUAGUAAUUAAACUUAUUUAGUAUUGAUACCAGGUACGCAAUUCAAUGCAACCUAUUGAAUUUACUAUAAUUAAACCAUAAUUUAAUUAAUAAUUAAUAUGAAUAAAAUUGUCUUCUGACGUCUGAUAUUAAUAAGCCCUAGGCCCAGGCCUGUAACUAUUACUAUUACUAUUAGUAUUGUCUAUUAACUUGCUAUAUACUAUGCUAUACCAUACUAAAUGAUAUAUGGGUGGCUGUGCCUAUAUACUAUAUGAAUGCCAUUAUUAAUUUAAAUAAAUUAAAUUCAACAUUUCAGUUCAUUUUCAAAUUUUAAACUACAUUGUUACUUUUCUAAACAAUGUAUAAUUGUAAAGGGUGCCACAUAUUUAAUAAAAUAAUUAAUACUGUCAAUUUCUUUAUUUUUUAGAUGUAAAUUACUAAUACACUUAAGUACUGUCAUGACCUAUGAUAAAUGCUAAUAAAAUAUGCACAUAAACCUGAUUUUCCCAUUACACUCUCCCCCCCCCCCCCCACCCCCCCCCCGAGAGUGUGGACAACCCUGGUUAAGAACCCCUGCAAUAACACUUGUCUAAAUGAGUUAUGAAUAAUAAUAAAAACUUUGUGUCUCUGUUAAAACUGCUUCAUGCAAUAUGUUUACUGUCUGGCUUCUUUCAAAAGAAAUUAAAAUAGCACCAAGUAUGUUUGACAUUGAUGUAUUAUUUGUGCGUGAUAUUUGACUCUUUGUUCUUGGCUGUAUUAUUUAUACCAAGUUAAUUAGUCCAAAUCUGUGGAUUUUAAAACCAUUUUUUCAUGCAAUUGUAGCAGGUUACAUUUAGCUAACAAUUUGUUUUGCUUUUCAAGGUUCAAAAUACUGACAAAGAAUUCAGAAUUCGUUGUGAUUUGAGACACUUCAAACCAGAGGAAAUCAAAAUUACCUCUGAUAACCAGCGUGUGACAGUCCAUGCAAAGCAUGAAGAGAAGGAGGACAAUCACGGCUUUGUGUCUCGUGAAAUCUGCAGAGUUUACAAGCUUCCAGAGGUAGGCAGAAAGUGUCAAAAUGUUUUUUUACUUCUCAGACAGACUCAGUGAGGAAUCCUUUGUUCACUUUGGUUGUUUCCUAGGCCUAUGCAUAUCUUAUUUUCCUUCUAGCUAUACAAUUUAAAUGUAAAACAUAAGGGCCCAUCCAUGUGUAGUGUACACAAAAGAAAAAUUUCAUACCCCCUCCCUCUAUUGCCCCCAUCAAUUUUGGAAACCAUUAAGCCAUACAAAAAAGAUACACACCCCCCUUCCCUGUUUUUUUUUCUUCAGUUGUUAAAAAAAAAACUCGCUAGUUUUCUCCACUUUCUAACACUAAGCAACUCUGACAAUAGAUUUCAAUAAAUGAGACAUUGAGAUGGUAAUAUGUUAGCCUUUGAAAAUAAUGAGUUUCACAGGUUUCCUCUUGGGUAACAUUUGGCUUUAUGGAGAUCUAACUAAAUAAGCUAAUUAUGAAGAGUCAGAACCGCCUCUCCCCCACCCCAUAAAUAGAUUUUUACACUUGUUUUAACUAAAGCUUAGAGCAGCAUGAUAGCAUUGGAAAUGUAGUGAAGAGUUUUCAUCACCUUAAGUCAGAUUUAUUUAACACUGGCACUGGUGCAUUAAAUGUAACUGGUAUUUAUUCCUUAUUUUCAGGAUGUUGAUGCCAAGUCAGUUACUUCCUCAUUGAAUUCUAAUGGUGUCCUGAAAAUUAAAGCCUCCAAACUUGCACUUGAAGCCCCUAAAGAGACUGCAAUUCCUAUUCAGUUUGCAGGCUGAUGUCACAACCAUGGAUUUUUUAUUUAAAAUUUUUUUUGGUGUAUUUUUUGACAUUUUUUGUUUAACUCAUUGGAUGGCAUGUUUAAUUUGCCAAUCAAGUCCAAAUGUACAAACACUUCAUUGAUUUUGAUAUUGU